AUGCUCGCUCUACGCGAUCAGGAGAAUCUGGUGCACACGCACCAGACCACCGCCGCCGGGAAGCCCCUGAACCAGGGCGUGCGCCCGCUGCAGCCAAAGACUCCGGGAGCCCGGGCUUCAAACAAGGUCCCGUUGAACGACGAGAACAAUGCAACGGCAUUCGGGAAGAGGACUAUGAAAGGAAAUGGAGGGGGGAACACUCAGCAGUCGAGCAAGGAUGCCUUCGUCACGCCGCUGGGGCCACGCAACCGGGCUCCUUUGGGCAUGAAGACGACGAAUGCCAAAGCCACUGCUUUUCAGACACCCGGGCUUCAGCCAGACAACCUAAAGACACAAAAAACAAAUCGCAAAGGCUCCAGCCUGAAAAAAGCCAAGAAGAUUGAACCUUUGAUCCAGCAAAGCGAGCCACAGACUGUCAGCAAGCCCGAGGAGGAGGACGUGCGAGACGUUGAAUAUGCUCCUCCCAAGCCGAAAGAGCUCUCUGACGACCCAGAGGAUAUUACCUACGACACCACUUUCCCGCAAUUCAAGGGACGCAACAUGGUACGAGGAUGGGAAAAGAUCUACUUGCAUGGCGACAUCGGCGAGGACGGCCUGACUGAUCGUCAACGCAAGUUCAAGCAAAGUUCGAUCUCUUACGACAAAAUGGUCGACGAAAUGAUCCAGAAACAAGUCGAGGAUUUGGACUGCUGGGAUGAGUUUGAUCUACAGCCACGCAAAUCUGAGCCCAUCAAAGGCAAUGAGAAGAAAGCUCCCGCUAAAAGCGUUUCCACGAUGAAGGCACGAAACGCUGCCGCUGCUCUCUCUCACACCAGGAGCUCAUCCAGGGUCGAAAACAAAAAGCCGCCUGUGCCUACCAAGGCCAAAGCGCCAAUUUCCCAACUGAUGCCAAAGAGGAGAACACCUACUCCAACAAAUCCGUCGAUUGCUGCAGCUAGCUCUCGCACCACUGUCGGCUAUUCGAAGGGCAGGAGCGUGUCCUCUACGCUGCAGACCAAAACAGCUCCGGUCAAGGAGAAGCAGGCCCCGAAGAGCAUCCUCGAUCCAGUAAGGUACAUGCAGUUGUACGGAGCCCCACCGGCUGGUAGCGAAAUGUGGAUGCAGUGCAGGGAUGCCGGACUAGUUGCCGACCCCGAAGAAGUUGCAGAUGAGAAUGAUGUUGUCCUUUCUCUGCUGGAAGAAGACGAAGAAUCCCGGGACUUUCAGCUGACUCUUUAA